AUGGAAGUAGCGGUAACGUAUAACGAAGGACAUAACAUGAAGAUGGAAAAGAACUUUACAUUGAAUUUCCUCCUGACAAUAGCCACGGUCAAGAACAUGAAGAACAUGUCACAGCUACCCACCACCGUGACAACUCAACUUCCUCCAAAUCAGGACGAGGCCGCUUCCAUAUUUUGCAUUUUUGUCAUCAGAGGCACCAACGAGUAUGAAAAUAGUUUGCCCCCUAGAGAACAAUAG